AUGACGCCUAUUCUGACUACAGUGCUUCCCGAUCAGACCCAGGAAAAACUCAAUGCAUUAAAGAUAGUUCCCUGUCCAACUCAAGAAUUCUUCUCUUCUAGAACCAUCCUUCCACCAGCCGACAACUCGAUUUUCUAUGCUUUAAUGUUCCUUAUCGGGAUAAUCAUAAUCGCCAGUGAAGUUCUAUUCUUCUCGAUUCAUUGUUUUCUUUACCUUUUCAAUGAGAACACCAAUUUAUCGAAAGCUACCAGAAGCUUGCAGAAGAAAUUCCUGAUAGCAAUCACGAUUCAAAUGGCAGGUCCAUUCGUAGUUUGUGUUUUGCCAAUAUUAUAUGAAGUCUUUUCAAUUAUGAUAUCAUAUUAUAACCAAGUACUCAAUAAUAUGGUAUAUGUGAUAAUCGCUCAUCAUGGAUUCCUCAACACUAUUUUGAUGGUUAUUUUAUUCGCUCCUUAUCGGGAAUAUACAAAAUCGUUAAUAUGUAUGAAAAAGGAGAAAAGCACAACUGUUUCUGUUCAUAUCACUGAAACGAACCAUGCUUGA